AUGAAUCUAAGAGCUUAAAUUAGCAAAUGCAUUUUGUGCUUCUAGAAUGAGUUUCGGUGAGUCAAUCAGAUAACUAACAAAUUGAUAAUAAAGUUUGAUUGGAACAACUGAGUCAAACAUAACAAGAUUAGUAUUUAAUAACAAACAAUCAUUUUAUCUUAUAAUUCACAAUUACACACCCAUUUCUAUUAUUGUCAAACCGCAUCAAUAAAAACUAGUGUCUCUUCUCCAUUCUACCUUACAUUCAACCAACACCUGAGAGGGAGAAAGGAGGAUCUAAAUAAGAAUCCGCUAUAAAGAAACAAAAAAAAAUGAAAACCCUAAUAAUAUGGUGCCUUGUCUCUCAAGCAAUCAUCCUAACGUGCAACUCAGCCGGCUCAGGAGGAGGAGACGUCGAGUUCACCAUAGUCAUAAAAAACGAAAUGCACCACUUCAAGAAACCAGCGGUUUUCUACCAUUGCGUAUCGAAAAAGAAAGACAUGGGAUGGCACAGAUCGGUCCCGUCGACAGAGUAUCAUUGGAGCUUCAAGGUUCCAAAGUUUGGUAACGGCGUGAUGAUCCACAAAUGUGAGUUCAGGUCGAGGCUAGGAACAGCGAAUAUUGAGAUUGACACGUUGUCCACUACAGCGAUUCUGUGCGACGGGCAUGUAUGCGAAUACGCGGUUAGACGUAACGGGAUUUAUUUUAUUGGGUACGAGUUGUAUUAUCCGUUUGGAGUGUUUAUAGAAUUGUCGAGGCCCGUGGAGAAGCUGGUCGAGCCGUGGACGCCUUGGUCACCGCAACAGCUCAAAGCUUUGCACCGUAGCAAGGACUACCAUCAUUGA